AGUUGGAAUCUCCAUCAAGCGAGAAAGCUCGGCUUGGGCGAUGUCCCUUUUGCUUCUCCCUCCCUCUCCGAAGCUCCUCCCCUUCAGCGCCGGAGCUUGGUUGCCGUGGCGACGAAAGCGGCGUUGCCGGUUGCUAAGAUGGCGGCCGUCUCUGGAUUCCCCUGAGGGGCUUCUCUGGGUGCUUCCAAGGCGGCAAGUGGGGCUCGCGGGGGCUCGCUGCGGGUGGUCCGAGGAGCCCGGAACGCGAGCGCCCGAACCCUGUCAGACCCACCGCGCGCCGGGGCGAGUGACUGGGUCUGUGUUGGGCGGAGAAAAGGAUGGCGGCGGAAGGCUAAGGGUGGAUGGAGCUUGGCGGCGGUGGCGGCGGCGGCGGCAGCAGCGGCGGCGGCGGUGGCUACUAUCCCAGCUCCUGGAGGCCGGCGACAGCGGUGGCGGCAGAGCGCAGCAGCCCGGCUUUGGGUAGGGCGUCCGCGGAAGUCGCUGCUGCUGCUGGAGGCGAUCUUUCCACGACUGCUCCAUGCUGGAGGAAGGGCUUAUCGGAAAGUGCCCCGCCGCGGGGACUUGGCCGCCGGUCCUUGAACGCUUUCGUCCCUUGCACGUAUCCUCCCAGAAAUCUAAAGGUUCUUCUUGAAAGAGAUUUAUCAAAAGAGCGUCAUGAAUUGCUAAAAGACCAAAGAUUGUUUCGUAAUCGAGCAAGAAAACAUUCUAUAGAAACAAAUAAAAGGAGGAGAGCACUUGAAGAAAAAUGGAAAGAGAAUGAAGAAAAAGAACAAAAAUUUAGAGAACAAAUAUUGCUGCAGAGGAAACUGAAACAUCAGGAAGCAACUGAAAAAUUCCAGCGCAGUCAUAUUUCAUCUUCACAACAUAAGAAAGGAGUACAGAGAAAGCCAGAAAAUAAAUUGGAUGAAGCCCAGAAAUGUCAGGUUCCAGGAUUAUCAUCUAGAGUCAUUGAAAGCUCUAUUGGGAUAAAUUCCUCAGUUACGAGAAAUGGUCCUUUUCAAUGGAAACAGAACUCAGCAAAAGCUAUUUAUGAUAGAACGCUGCAGGUAAAAAACAGGAUAAACCCAUGCAAUGGCCAGCUUCUCCUCCAAAAAAAUCUAGAUGAAAAGCAGCAUCAAUUACAACAGCAUUCCGGUAACUCUCAGAAUUUUCAUCAAGAAGUAAAUGAAAUAACCCGUUCAGGGAGUGUUUGUAGUGUUGACAGCCUUGAGGCUAAAGAACAAAACGGAAGUUGCACAGAACCCUGUAAAAUCUCAUCUUUAUCUACUCAAGAGGAGUCUUCCAUCCAGCAUCCAGGAGGAUCAAAGAGCAAAAAUAGACGUUUCUCUGCUGAACAUGAUGAUUCUUUUUCUACAGAUCAGCAUGUGAAUAAUUGGCUUAUAAAUUUAAAAACUUCAGACAUUAAGGCAACCUCUCCUUUCCGUGAUAUUUUAAUUAAAUACAAUGUUGUCCCAUCUGAUGAAGUCCGAUGCAACCCUGACCUGAAAUCAUUAGUGCCAACUUCAUCUGAACAGAGAGAGUCUGAGACAGGUGCUUCUGAUGGCAAUCUACCUUCUGUACAAAAUAAAACAGAAGACAAAAGUGUUCUGUUGAAAUGUCCAUCUUCAAACAUAAUUAGCACAGGGGAUCCUUUACCUGCUGACAGCCCUGCAGCCAAAUUAAAUAAAGCAUGGCCUGUCCCUAAUCCUUCUCCUGCAGUUGCAGAACAAGAGAACUUUGAACUUUCUGAAAGCAACAGAACUUCAUCCACAGAAACUUUCAUUCCCAAUGUAGAUUUGUCUAAUCAACAGUGGAAUGUCACUUCCUAUUUCAGCAACAGCUUCUUACUUAAUUGCAUGCAGAAGGGGAAAGAUAUUCAUGCAGCAAGGUGUACUGAAGAUACAGACUAUGCAGUUGAAGUUAAAGGUGAAAAGUAUUCUGACCAUGUUAACGUUGAGGCAUCUACAUUUGAAGAGCCUUCUAGAGGCAGCACUGAUCAGCACAAAGACAACGAAGAAGGAAAAGAGGCUGAAAUUAUUUUACCUGUGCCCCAAGGAGAGGUAGCAACCAAUUUAUCUGACCCCGAGCAGCAGAAGAAUGACAAUAUUUGUGAGACAAAAGUGACGAAGCUGCCAAAAAGCAUUUUAAAAAAGGAAUCUAAAUAUGAACUUGGCUGUUUCAAAGCAAUGGUUGUAAACAGGGGUAUCAAAUUUGGACAUCAGCCUGUGGCUUCUGUUAGAGACAGUGUUGAAUUGGCAAAAAUAAAAGGGAAAGAUGGGGAAGCUCAAAGGAAUUGUAAAAAGCUUAGGUGGUUUGAUGAAAUUAACAGAGUAGUGGAAAUUAAUAAUAAUGAAAAAAAUUCAGAGUCAUGUGUUAGUGAUAUAUCUCAGGCACAAUCCCAAGCACCUGGCUUUCAGCUUAAAACCACUGCUUCUAAAACUAAUCUAAGAAGUAUUCCCUCCUGUUUGCUCAAUUCUGUUUUUGCAGAAAACAAUUCAGAGAAUUCUCAGAUAUCUGCCAAACUUGCUACUGUUGGAAACUCAGAAAGAGAUAAUACAGUGCACAACAUCUUGGUGCCUAAAGGAUAUCAUAUUGCUAAACAAGCAUGGAUGGCAUCAAGAAGUGAAGAAAUGAUACCUUUUAUUUAUAGUUGUGAUCCUAAAAGUCCAAAAACUAAUCCACGGAAAGGAAGAAUGAAAAUGAUCAAAAGACCAAAAUCUGCCAAAGUCCCAUCAUCGACCAUAAUAGCUAAAAAUCGGAAGAAUGCCGUUAUUCGACCACAGUCUGCUAGUGAAGCUACUAAGAUUGUAAGAGCGUCAGGCAAAAUCAUAACACCCCACCCUCCAUGUAAGCCUAUACAAAGCAAAAAGCCAGAUGAAAAUCCUACAAAUGCCUUAGGUCAAUCAUCAAAUUUGUGUAAGCCUUCCACAGAUGUCGAAUAUAAUCAGAGUGACAAGAAUCUUUUGCCUGAAUGUCAAACUUUGGGAAGAGUUUAUACAGACGAUCCUUCAACUUCAGGUAGCUCUUGUCAUUCUCAAAUAACAAUGAUCAGACCUUCUUACAGUAUAUACACCUAUGAGCCUUUGACAAAGUCAAAGUGCAUUAUGAAUUCGAUUCCACCAGUUGUCCACUACAGCAAUAUUUCAAGGAGAAGUCCCAUGUUCUCAGAAAAUGGAUUAUGUCCGGAUCGUAUACCAACUGAUGAAGAAAUCACAAUUUUGUGGCAAGGAGUACAUCGUGCAUUGGUUCAAAGGGAUGGUGCUGCUGGUGAUUCACAGCAUUAUGCUUCCUUGUGCAAUAAUUCAAAUAAUGGUGACUUGCAGCACGCUCGAUCUAAUGUGUCUCACAUCACUAUAGAUGGUGGCCAUCUGAUGAGCAAUAUGAAAUCAGGUGUUAGGGUGAAUCCUAUUUUGUCUUCCCAACCAAGUGCCCAUUUUGCUUUUGCAAGACGAAAACAAAUUAAUGACAAUAAUGAAAAUAAACGCAAGGCUCUUUUAGAACAGAGGAGACAAAUGCCAGCCUCUUCAGCAAGGAAACCCACUGGUGCUGGGCAGAAUAUAUCACAAGCCCCAAUUCAAGUGCAUUCUCAAUGUAUGUUCGAGCCAGUCCGAGUCACAGGUGGCAUCAAUCAUUCUGAUGAAGAUGGUACUACCCAGUUCAUAAUACCAGAAAACCUUGUGAAUUUGUCAGCUGCAGAAGGUGAAAUUUUGGCUGGGUUGGAUACACCACAACCAUAUAGGCAGAUUGCAGUGCGAAAUAGACCCCCACGGCAAGGAAUGAGUUCUCUGUCAUUUGAAGAGCACAAAGUUCUUCAGUCCCUUGACCGCAUCAAUCAUCGGCUACAAAAUGUUCAUGAAACAAUUAACAAAAACCCAUCUUCUACAAGUGUUUUGCAGACUAUUUCCCCAUUGGUCACAUCUCCCUCAUAUAUGGAUAUAAUGCCUCACAAGCAAAGGUAUAGGAGCAUAUUGGAUGCCACCCAUAGCCUAAAGCAAAGAAGAUACUGACUUGGCCCUAAUAAAGGUUGCUGAACUGAGAUUUAUGUAAUAUAUUCUCAGUUGCUAUAUUUGUAACAUAAUUAUUUGCAACGUGCCUUAAAUGCUAUUUUUUUAAAAAAAUUCUUCAAAAUAAAGAUGUAACACAAGUAUUGACUGCUUGUUACCUAGUUUACAUUUAGGGCAAAAAUUAUUUUAUAUAUGCACUUUACUGUAAAAUGUAUUGUAUUUUUUUAAGAAUGGAAAUACCUCAAUUUUAAAUGAGUGGCAAUGUUUGUAAAUUUACUGUAAAUUUUAAUUAAAAGGAAAAAAUUAUUUUGCUAUUGAUUAAAAUUAUGUAUGAGUUCAUCUAACUUUAUGGUUUUCAUUAAGCGCUAAUAAAUUUCUACUACAUUUU